AUGACUCGGUAUACGAAAUUAGACGGGCGCCGCUCCGUUGCGUAUGGUCCUAGUGACAUGGACCGUGAAGAUGUAACUCCCGAGAAGCCGAGAGAACUAUGCGGACCUCAAGACAUGCCUGAUCCGAAGGCUCUCCUGAAACGUGCCAAGCUCUUACGACUCAAGGCCAAGAAAGCCAAGUCGGAGGCCAGUCGCGACAAGUUCUUGGCACAGGCUAAAGACGUGGAGCGACAAAUUCCAUCAGCCAACGGUGCUCGUGGCCUACUUGGUAGGCGGAACGGCCGCGAACGCCAGCUUCGCGGUCCAAAGUCCAAUCUAGACCCCGACCAACGAUCUGCGUUUCGACGCAUGAAACGUGCAGAAGAGCGCAAAAGCAGCACUCGGUGUUUUGUGUGUCGUGAGCUCUCACACGCUGCGAAAGACUGCCCUCAUGCCAUUGGUGAGGGUGCCCAGGGCAAGGACACAGUGGGCUUAUGUUUCCGGUGUGGCAGUACUGAGCACACACUAUCCCAGUGCCGCCGGCCGCAUACGGACGGCGAGCUCCCAUUUGCCACUUGCUACAUCUGUUCCAACAAAGGCCACCUGGCGUCCAAGUGCCCACAGAACCAAGGCCGAGGCGUAUACCCAGAUGGUGGUGAAUGCAAGGUGUGUGGCUCAGUCGAGCACUUGGCAAAAGACUGUCCGAAGGACCCACGCCGCGUAACACAUGCAUCGACCGUCGAGGCGGGUGGCGUUGGCAUCUUGGAUGAUGCCUCGCAUGCGGGUGCAGACGACGACGAAUUUCACCUUCUGGCUCAGCAACGUCGUCAGCGUCCAUCACAAACACGCCCGAGACCGACGGGGAAGGUGGUUCGUUUCUAG